AUGGCAAACGACCCUUCACCAGACACCGCAAUUCAAUUCGUCUCGCCCAAAACCAAAAUCCACAAAUUCACCGAUACGAUCUUAGACAAAAAAAUCAUCUUCCAGAUCGUUAACUUAGAAAACAGUAUUAUGAUUUACAUUAACAACAUCGACGAGCCCAUCUGCAACAAUUUAGAUUUGGCUAUGUGUACGAGAUUUUCGAGUACUCCUCAGACGACGUCGCUAAUUGGGGCAAAGGCGGAAAGCUCAGGGAGUAAUGUGGCAGGAAGAUUGGCUAAGAAGCUGAAUAAGACUUUGUAUUUGAGUUUGAACUUGGAAGAUUCUAGAUUUAUGGUUCCUUUAGUUGAGAAACGUUUGAUACAAGAAAUUAAUCAGUUUCCUGGUAAGUUUUGA